AUGGAGCGAGCAGUUCAGAGACAGCAUCCAGCGGAGUUGGGUCUCGACCUGCAUGCCAUGUUGAUAAGAUAUGAUCAUGCAGCUGAGCACGAGUCCGGACACAUGGACUGUCUCGGCCAGGACUGGAAAGGCAUCAAAAAGAUCUUCGACAAUUCCCAAUACUCAAACUUUACCCGGCACGUGACACCGGGGUCAAAAUUCAUUUUCCCUUGGGAUCCGCGACUACUUGCCACUGGCGCCCAGAUUCGUGAUAAUAUCUGGCGUUCACUAAACUGCCAGGCACUCGGUCUGGACUUGCAAAGCCUUUGCAUGAUGUAUCAUUGCGAAGAUACCAAUCGUGAUGAACACGCUAAUGGGCUCCUCCGAGAUUGGACAACACUGCGUGCUGUCUUCGAGAGUUCUGGUAAUUCGAACUUCGUUCUAGAGGUUCGCAUGGAGCCCUUUGACACCAAGGAUUCGAUGUACUCCCUCUAUGAGGACGACAGUGAUCCAGUUGAUCCAAUAACAUACCUUGCCAUCGUGAACUCCGAAACCAAAAAACAACAAAUGCAUCAUUAG